AUGCGCGAAUCCGCCCAGAGCACGGUCCCGGACACAAACCGUGGGCGCAAACAUGGGCAAAACAACAGGUGGACAAAUGCCAUGGAGAAGGCCGAGACGCCGUCCCGCCAGCGCCGUCCGAUGGCCUUCCGCUUGCGGCACAUGGCAGACAAGGGUAAUCGGACAGACCGCGACGAUGCGGCGACCUGGCGCUCGUCUCCGUACGUCGUGUUGCAGGUGGAGACGCCUCUCUCUGGCCAAUUCGUUCGAGAAGUGCCCUAG